AUGGCGAAGCGCCUUUUAACCGAUUUCUUCUCUCCCUUGAAGGGAUGCGCUAAACGUUCGCGUAGCUCUCUCGACGCAGUAGCGGACACACUGACCCCCGAAACUGCAGCUACUCCGGAGGCGCCACCCAAGCCGGACCCAGUGGAAACAACUACGGCAACGGCGAAGGAUCCUGCGCCUAUCGCCACCUCGGCACCUGCAGUUGAAGACUCGGAUGCCAACCGCGGUGUCGUUGCCACCGUGCAGGCAAUGCUCGGCGAUGAGUGGGGUUCAAAGCUGUCCGAUGAGCUCAGCAAGCCGUAUUUCGAGAAGCUGUGGACAAAGGUGGCAAACGAACGUAAGACCAAGAAGGUAUAUCCUCCUGAGAACCUGGUUUUCAAUGCCUUCAAGCUCGUCCCGCUGUCUAAAGUGAAAGUGGUCAUCGUUGGCCAAGACCCCUAUCACCAGCCGCGCCAGGCCAUGGGACUCGCAUUUUCCGUGCCGCGAGGAGUCGCUCCGCCCCCAAGUUUGCGCAACAUCUUCAAGGAGAUAGGCUCGCCCUCCACCCACGGGGACCUCACCUACUGGGCCAGGCAGGGCGUGUUCAUGCUGAACACGGUGUUGACGGUCGUCGACAGCGAGCCGCUGUCGCACAGCAACUACGGCUGGGACGCGUUCACGGACCGCGUCAUCGACGUUAUAAACAAGCAUCGGGAGAAGGUGGUGUUUUUGCUUUGGGGCAAGUCCGCGCAGAAGAAGUGCGACAGCAUAUCGAACACCCGCCACUGCGUUCUGAAGUGCGGCCACCCGUCGCCGCUGUCGCAGAAGUUUUUCCUCGGCUGCGACCACUUCAACAAGUGCAAUGCCUACCUGACCAAAACGGAGCAGUCUCCCAUCGACUGGAAGCUGCCCCCGUGA